AUGGAGGCAGGGAGGGAGGGAGGGGUGGGGAGAGGGAGGAAGGAUGAAGGUAGGGAGGGAGGGAUGGGGAGAGGGAGGAAGGAUGGAGGUAGGGAGGGAGGGGUGGGGAGAGGGAGGAAGGAUGAAGGUAGGGAGGGAGGGAGGGGUGGGGAGAGGGAGGUAGGUGGGGUGCGCUUUAUACCUGGGACUGACAUUGAAACAGUUCAGUUUCAAGUCCAGGUGUGUGUGUGUGUGUGUGUGUGUGUGUGUGUGUGUGUGUGUGUGUGUGUGUGUGUGUGUGUGUGUGUGUGUGUGUGUGUGCGUGCGUGCGUGCGUGCGUGCGUGCGUGCGUGCGUGCGUGCGUGCGUGCGUGCGUGCGUGCGUGCGUGCGUGCGUGCGUGCGUGCGUGCGUGCGUGUGUGUGUGUGCGUGUGUGUUCUCACCUGCAGGUGGCUGACUAUACAGUAGUGUUCUGGCCCAUGAAGACCACAAGUGGAGGUGGCGGUCAGAUUAAUGGCUCGGCCAACCAGCAGGUUGCCUGUUGCUGGGUAACAGCUGCCCUCCAUGCAGCCAUGCGGGCUUGAGGGGAGCUGCUGUCCCACCACACUGAGAGCUGAGGGGGAAUUGAGGACAGGGAAGCAGAAGGAAGAGAACACAAAAUACCCGAUGAUUAGUUACUCCAUCAUAAUGUUAUCAGAUCAGGUUACAUAGGACAGGUCAUAAUGGUAUCAGAUCAGGUUACAUAGGUCAGGUCAUAAUGGUAUCAGAUCAGGUUACAUAGGACAGGUCAUAAUGGUAUCAGAUCAGGGUACAUAGGACAGGUCAUAAUGGUAUCAGAUCAGGUUACAUAGGACAGGUCAUAAUGGUAUCAGAUCAGGUUACAUAGAACAGGUCAUAAUGGUAUCAGAUCAGGUUACAUAGGACAGGUCAUAAUGGUAUCAGAUCAGGUUACAUAGGACAGGUCAUACUGGUAUCAGAUCAGGUUACAUAGGACAGGUCAUAAUGGUAUCAGAUCAGGUUACAUAGGACAGGUCAUAAUGGUAUCAGAUCAGGUUACAUAGGACAGGUCAUAAUGGUAUCAGAUCAGGUUACAUAGGACAGGUCAUAAUGGUAUCAGAUCAGGUUAUAUAGAACAGGUCAUAAUGGUAUCAGAUCAGGGUACAUAGGACAGGUCAUAAUGGUAUCAGAUCAGGUUACAUAGGACAGGUCAUAAUGCUAUCAGAUCAGGUUACAUAGGACAGGUCAUAAUGCUAUCAGAUCAGGUUACAUAGGUCAGGUCAUAAUGGUAUCAGAUCAGGUUACAUAGGACAGGUCAUAAUGGUAUCAGAUCAGGUUACAUAGGUCAGGUCAUAAUGGUAUCUGAUCAGGUUACAUAGAACAGGUCAUAAUGGUAUCAGAUCAGGUUACAUAGAACAGGUCAUAAUGGUAUCAGAUCAGGUUACAUAGGACAGGUCAUAAUGGUAUCAGAUCAGGUUACAUAGAACAGGUCAUAAUGGUAUCAGAUCAGGUUACAUAGGACAGGUCAUAAUGGUAUCAGAUCAGGUUACAUAGGACAGGUCAUAAUGGUAUCAGAUCAGGUUACAUAGGACAGGUCAUAAUGGUAUCAGAUCAGGUUACAUAGGACAGGUCAUACUGGUAUCAGAUCAGGUUACAUAGGACAGGUCAUAAUGGUAUCAGAUCAGGUUACAUAGGACAGGUCAUAAUGGUAUCAGAUCAGGUUACAUAGGACAGGUCAUAAUGGUAUCAGAUCAGGUUACAUAGGACAGGUCAUAAUGGUAUCAGAUCAGGUUAUAUAGAACAGGUCAUAAUGGUAUCAGAUCAGGGUACAUAGGACAGGUCAUAAUGGUAUCAGAUCAGGUUACAUAGGACAGGUCAUAAUGCUAUCAGAUCAGGUUACAUAGGACAGGUCAUAAUGUUAUCAGAUCAGGUUACAUAGGUUAGGUCAUAAUGGUAUCAGAUCAGGUUACAUAGGUCAGGUCAUAAUGGUAUCAGAUCAGGUUACAUAGGACAGGUCUAAUGGUAUCAGAUCAGGUUACAUAGGACAGGUCAUAAUGGUAUCAGAUCAGGUUAAAUAGGUCAGGUCAUAAUGGUAUCAGAUCAGGUUACAUAAGACAGGUGACAAGGGUCAGGUGACUUUACUGUCCUCAGGCCAGGAGUCAGAUGUGAACAUUUAAGAGAGGUAAAUAAAUCACUUGUUCCCUUCGACUGAAGUUGGAGUUGGUCUUUAUGACAUUCUAGUGGUUGUGCUGCUUCCGGCUCCUCACACCUGGACGCUGGCCGUAAUAAUAGAGACAGUAAAUAGUGUUGUUGUGACCUCAUCUUUGGUUUGCUGUCAUAAUCUGUGAGUGAUGAACUGGAUAGCUCCCUCAGCACCCGUGGGUGUUCAGAGGGGGCAGGGCCACCGCAGAAUGCCCCUAUUAUACCCUCUUUUGGGCUCUGAGUGUUACACCCUGUUGUCCCACUCACCCACGUAAAUGUUCUCUCCACAUCAGUGACUCUGAAUAACCAAGCCAUCAUCGUGGUUGAGGGAGGAGGGGAGAGUGGUUGAGGGAGGUGGGGAGAGUGGUUGAGGGAGGUGGGGAGAGUGGUUGAGGGAGGAGGGGAGAGUGGUUGAGGGAGGUGAGGAGAGUGGUUGAGGGAGGAGGGGGAGAGUGGUUGAGGGAGGUGGGGAGAGUGGUGAGGGAGGGGGGGAGAGUGGUUGAGGGAGGUGGGGGAGAGUGGUUGAGGGAGGAGGGGAGAGUGGUUGAGGGAGGUGGGGAGAGUGGUUGAGGGAGGAGGGGAGAGUGGUUGAGGGAGGUGGGGAGAGUGGUUGAGGGAGGUGGGGAGGAGUGGUUGAGGGAGGGAGGGGAGAGUGGUUGAGGGAGGAGGGGAGAGUGGUUGAGGAGGUGGGGAGAGUGGUUGAGGGAGGUGGGGAGAGUGGUUGAGGGAGGAGGGGAGAGUGGUUGAGGGAGGUGGGGAGAGUGGUUGAGGGAGGUGGGGAGAGUGGUUGAGGGAGGUGGGGAGAGUGGUUGAGGGAGGAGGGGAGAGUGGUUGAGGGAGGAGGGGAGAGUGGUUGAGGAAGGAGGGGAGAGUGGUUGAGGGAGGAGGGGAGAGUGGUUGAGGGAGGUGGGGAGAGUGGUUGAGGAAGGAGGGGACUGAUUACGUUCUACAGAGUGGGAGAAAGAGAGAGGCAGCUAGAGAUAUGGAAAGAAAUGCAGAGAUCACUGGGGCCUCUGUCAACAUCAGAGGACCAGGGAACAGCAAACACACAGCAUGUUGGGACACGACGGAGGUGGAAAGUGUGAUGUGUAUUUAAAAACAUCCUGUGUUACCAAUGAGAAAUGAAAUAGUCAUAUUUUCCAUAGACACCUAGUCAUUAGGGCAUGUUUAAGUGUCAAUUACAAUAUAAGAGAACCAAGUAAACAUAGGGCCACAAGAUCAGCGGACAGCAACACAUAGAGCUCAACAGAGCUUUCUAAUUGAACACAUAAAAAGACGCUCCAAUCCACAGACAGAUUAACGAGCCUGCCUUGGCUUGCUUCACAGGCUGCUAUUGUGCAAGGCCAUAAGAGAAACCAUGUCCUUUUGUCCUGUACCGUUGGCUAACCGAUAAAUAUACACAGAUCAUAUACCAUGACUUGGCCCGUGCUCAAGUAAAAUAUUUAACUGAAGCAGAUUCCCUGAAUUCCAGUGAAGGAGCAGGGAAGCAUUAACACAAGGCAAUACGCCACUGGGCCUUAACCUGACACCAGUAGGAUACCUUCAGACCCUCACACACCUGAGACCAGUAGGAUACCUUCAGCCCCUCACACACCUGACACCAGUAGGAUACCUUCAGCCCCUCACACACCUGACACCAGUAGGAUACCUUCAGCGCCUCACACACCUGACACCAGUAGGAUACCUUCAGACCCUCACACACCUGAGACCAGUAGGAUACCUUCAGCCCCUCACACACCUGACACCAGUAGGAUACAUUCAGCCCCUCAUACACCUGACACCAGUAGGAUACAUUCAGCCCCUCACACACCUGACACUAGUAGGAUACCUUCAGCCCCUCACACACCUGACACCAGUAGGAUUCAUUCAGCCCCUCACACACUUGAGACCAGUUGGAUACAUUCAGCCCCUCACACACCUGACACCAGUAGGAUACCUUCAGCCCCUCACACACCUGACACCAGUAGGAUACAUUCAGCCCCUCACACACCAGACACCAGUAGGAUACCUUCAGCCCCUCACCUACCUGACACCAGUAGGAUACCUUCAGCCUCUCACACACCUGACACCCGUAGGAUACAUUCAGCCCCUCACACACCUGACACCAGUAGGAUACAUUCAGCCCCUCACACCUGACACCAGUAGGAUACCUUCAGCCCCUCACACACCUGACACCCGUAGGAUACAUUCAGCCCCUCACACACCUGACACCAGUAGGAUACAUUCAGCCCCUCACACACCUGACACCAGUAGGAUACAUUCAGCCCCUCACACACCUGACACCAGUAGGAUACAUUCAGCCCCUCACACACCUGAGACCAGUAGGAUACAUUCAGCCCCUCACACACCUGACACCAGUAGGAUACCUUCAGCCCCUCACACACCUGAGACCAGUAGGAUACAUUCAGCCCCUCACACACCUGAGACCAGUAGGAUACCUUCAGCCCCUCACACACCUGACACCAGUAGGAUUCAUUCAGCCCCUCACACACCUGAGACCAGCAGGAUACAUUCAGCCACUCACACACCUGAGUACAGGUACAGUAAACCUGCAGGUUAAAUCAAAGGCUGACCUUUGGAAUAUUGAUCUGAACAUACAUCCGAUCUGACUCUCCCUGGGCAAACAGAACAGUCCCGUUAGAAGCGUUGAGCAGAGCGAUUAGCAUACUGUAGCUCACCAGAGAUGAAGGACACCGAUGGGGGUAACUGUAGUUGUGACCCCUAGGGCACCUCUCUGUGACAUGUUAGCUCUGACAGUGAUACAGAACCUAAAGGCUUUUUCUAAGAUACAAUGUGUAUGUUGCAUGAGUGGACAAUCUAGUGUAUCUCAGCCCCUGUGUGGUUGAACCAUGACCAGAUUGUGUUGAAUUGUCCACCUCACUGUGGUUCACUAUAAUGACAGUAUGUGGUGUUGGAGUUCUAUCCUCUCAUCAGAUGGCUGUUCUAUUUUCUCCCCGAUGUUGAAAUGUACCUGGUUUUGGCUGGUAAUUACAAGGCACCACUGCAGACUGGUGCUCUGUGUGUGUGUGUGUGUGUGUGUGUGUGUGUGUGUGUGUGUGUGUGUGUGUGUGUGUGUGCUUGUGCGCGUGUGCGUGUGCCCGUGCGUGCACCCUGCAUCUGUGAGUGUAUCUUUGUGUGGAUGUGUUUUGUAUAGUGUAUUUGGGGAGGGCCCUGGUAACCUACUCUGUUAUUGCACUCAAUAACAACGACACACAUUUCAAAGAACAUUUCAAAUCCUACCUGGGAUCCCAUUGAGAGCAGGGUAUAAUACAGCUGCUUCCCAAAAUCACUGAUGAAAUGUACAUACAUCAAGUAAAACUACCGUGUACAUCACCGUUUUCUGCCCAUGUUAGAGAACGUUACUGUAGGUCGGAUCCUAAUGCUAAUGUAUUUGUGUGUGUGCAAACCAUAAACACAGGGCUUUUGUAGGUUUUAAAACUGCUGUUGACGCCAUCUGUUUUUUUGCGGUCUGAUUAGAGCGCUGGUCAAGCACGUGUCUGUACACCACCCACCUCUGAGCUACACACACACACACACACACACACACACACACACACACACACACACACACACACACACACACACACGCCCCAUCUCCAUUCAGAACAGGGGGCUGUGGCAAGAAUGCAGGGAGACUGCGAGAGAGGAAAAUGUUAUUCAUUAAGAAAAACCUUCCAGGUGUCGGACACGGACAGUUCCAGACAGUCCGACCCCUCCCACAAUGCCCCUGUGCGGAGGUGGAAUGUGUGUGUUGGAGUGUGGAGGGCCCGUCCACACAUGCACCGUACUGCUUAUCUCUAAACAGGCUGGGGGGCACUGGGAUGGGGAAAGAAGCAGGACGUCAGGCUGACAAGGGUGGACAGCAUGAUGGAUCCUCCACCUCCACGCUACUGGGCUUCACUGCAACUGUCUUUCCUCUGGGAGUCAAGCCUUCAUCCACUCACUACCACCUGAGACAUUUUCAGCCACUGGACUGGAGCUCUGAGCACAGC